AUGGAAGACCUCAAAGCCCAAAACAUUGAAAAUAAAACCACCCAAACUACCUCCUCCUCCAUCAAAAUGACAAUCUCAAAGCUGCCAAUCGAUUGUUUCAACAGAAUAUUAUUUUUUAUCCACGAAAGACCCAUAUUAUUUUCCGCAGCUUUAGUCGAUCGAACCUGGAGUCGAUUGGUCAUUCCGCGAUUGUGGAAAUCCACCUUUUAUGAUAUUAACAAUGCCAAAAAAGGGAUAAGUAUUAGCGAAGCGUACAUCAAAUGUAUGAACGACGAGGAACGGCAAGCAUUGAUUGAUUCUGGAAUCAUGGCUGUGGAGUCGUGUCCUCGCGCCUUAUUUCCAUAUGCCAACUUCAUCAAAGAACUUGAUUGGAAUGAACUUGAACAAGUGGUUUCCUGGUUUAAUGAAAAAGAAAACAGAUACGACCCAGCUAUUCUCACGAGUUCGAUCUGGAAAGAUAUUUCUGAGAAAUGUAAUUAUGAAGACGAGAAAUUUCUAACGAAAAUUUUGAACCAAAUCAUGACACAAAUCAAUAAACUCAUUUUUAGAAGCACAAAAUUGGAAUGUAUUGAUUUCAAUGGAGAAGGAUCUCAUUAUCCUAUUCCAAGUAUCGUCAAAUUUCCUAAUGUAAAAGAGACAGUUGUGAACCUCCAAGAAAUCAUGUUUCGCUGUGCCAAAUAUAAUACCAAUUCUGAUUAUGUCGCUGUUGGAAAUUUGAUUAAGGUAUUAAAGUCGGCUUGUCGUGGUAUACAGGUUCUUCAUGUGGAUCUCGGAUUUAUUCGGAAGAGAGCUCGUAAAGAUUUGUGUGAAUUAAUUGAAGCGCAGAAUGGAGUGAAACACGUCUUGUUUUAUGGUGUUGAUGACGAGGAAAGAUCCCUUGUUGAUGCUCUCAUCUCUCAGAAGGAUUCUCUUGUUUAUCUUGAAUUCGAACAUUCUUGGUUUUCCAGUUGGUCAAUGAAAUUGUUGGAAAGACUUGGGUCUUUCAUCAAAUUGGAAGCACUGGGAUUCAUUCGAUGUAAACCGGAAGAAGAAUCCGAUGAAGGAUCUGAUGAAGAAUUUGUUUAUAAAUUUAACGAUAACGAUUAUAACGAUUAUUGGUUGUCAACUUUAACUGAAACUCCCAAAUGCCUUCGCAAUUUGUACUUUGAUAAUCACCCGUCUGACCCCAAUUCGAACGCGUUCAAUAAGGAAUUCUUGAUUCCAUUGCUCAAAAUCUGUGGACCUAUCCUAAAAGAUCUCUCUCUCAAGAAAAGUUACGACAAAGAAUUAUUCGAUGUGAUUUCAGAGUAUGCAAAAAACCUAGAAUCUUUGGAACUCAAUCUUGAACUAUCUGCAAUGCCAGGUUUCCUUCGCGCCCUCUCUGCACUCGAAAAAUUGGAACAUCUAGGAAUCGUAAACUUCCGGACAGGACGUGAAGAUGUUUCUUACUUUUGGGUGGGAUUGGCAAAACGAGCGAGCGUCAACCUGCAAACUUUGUACUUCAAUUCGCAUUCAUUAACUUCAGAAGCCUUGGAUUUGGUUCUAUCAAGUCUGGCUGUCCCAAUUAAAGAGCUGGGACUCGGAAUGAAUGUUAGUGCGGAUGAAAUGCAUUUAAGGGUUAUUCGUAAAUUCUGUAAAAAAAGAAAAGUUCAUAUAAAGUUGAGUGUGCGCUCUUCAAUUUUCACCUUUGACAAGAAAUUGCUUACGGAGAUUAAAGAGUGGGUAGAGUUUGUGGAUAUAAAAGUGUUUUAUAAGCGAAAUGAAAAUUCUUUAUUAAUGAUGCUCGAUGGCAUAAAAUUAGUGGAAUUUCUUUCUGUGAAUAAUCCAAGACUCUCAUGUUUGGAUGCUCGACCUAAGUUCUUGGAAAAUAAUAAGGAUAAAUUCCUGAAAUAG